AUGCCAUCUUCCCGACUUCAAGGAGAUCUUCAUCCUCAGGCCCGCAGGUCGCUCAAAGGCCACCUCCUCAUGUCUGGGUGGGCAACAAUGCGGGAGAUCGCUCAGGGUCUGCUGGGGCUAGGAGUUCGAUUCUACACAGUUCUUGAGGCCAAGAAGAAGCCGGAAGAGGAGCGGAGCUGGGAGAUGAUACCCUUAGGGCUGGGUUCCAGGCCCAACGACUUCCACCCCAGCCAGGAGGACUACCUGUCCUACCUCGCAGCCAGAGACCAGGUGCUGAGGAGCAGAUACAGCUGCGCCAUUCACCUCACUGGGGGCAUCGCAGUUCUCAAUGGCCCCAUCGUCGGCGAUGCACUUAUUGGCAGCCAUGGAGACAGCUUCUUCGUCGAUGAUGCUGUAGGGGAAGAUGUGCUCGACAUUGUGAGCGGUGUCUACUACAUCCAGAAAGCACAAGGAUCAGGAAGACCUAGCCAACAGUCCUGGUGGCCAAAACAAAACUCUUGGCAGAAGAUGGGGUUCAGUGAGGUGCAGUGGCAACCAGAUGUGGAGGCCUUCUACCAAAAGCACCAAACUGCUCUUCAAAAUGGAGAGUACACCCUCAGGAAAGCCACAGACUGGAGGGAGAAGUUCAAGUAUGAUCGGAAGUUCACAGCGCAGUUUCAUGAAGGUAGUGAGGCUCUCGCAUGCGAAUUCCUUAGGCACAGCAGCAGAGUUGGUUGA